CAUGUAUAGUCGGUACAAACUUAACAUUUUUUUUAUUGCGGUAGUUUGAGGGUUUCGAGUAAACUGCAUGUCAACAGGACAGCAUCUUCGAGUUGAAGUCGUGGGACAGAAAAACUAACGAUUGAUCAAGAAGUUAUUCACCGUUGCCCAUUUUUCCCAACGUUGUUAAUCAAUUCUCGAAGCUUCCAUUUGAUUGUUUGACCUGCUGCCAGUCGUGUUGAGUAAAUCGUGACAGACCGGUUUCGAGAUUUGGGAAGCACCGAUUGUAACGUUCCUUUUCGUUCAGGAUCAGGGGCAAAUACAAGGGCAUAGAGAGGAAUACAAAUUGAACAAGAAAUGAGUUACCCACCACCUUCCCCAGGGGGCUAUCCAAUGUAUGGGGCUCCUCCAAUGCCAGGAGGGGGGUCCCAGUAUCCAGCACCGGGUCCAGCCUUAGGAUUUGACAGCAUAGCUAACCAACCUCCAAUGGGGGCCCCUGGGUACCCACCUUCUGGACCACCAAUGCCUAUGCCAACUGCUGGAGGACCUACUGGUAUGUAUCCUGGAAUGUCAAGCCAUAUGCCACCAGGAAUGUCCCAUCAAUUGCCACCAGGUAUGCCUGUUCCAAGCCCUAAUGUUGGCAUGCCAGCUCCUGUGCCACCCACAGCUGGUGUGUAUGGAUCAGCAGGACCAUCUAUGCCACAGCCUGGGUAUCCUUCUGGUAAUUUAUCAUUCGGGGGUGCAGCAAUGGCCACUGCAGCAUUUCCAUCUCACUACAGGAGUCAAUUUGGUCCUCCUCAGCCCCAGCCUAAUUUACCCAUGGGUCCACCCCCAAGUUUUCCUCCAUCAGCUCCAGCUAUGCCAGUGCAGCCAAGUGCACCACCGCCUGCUGGUCCAGGAGGUUCAUCAACUGCGACAACAUAUUCCUCAUCAUCCUCACACUCGUCUUCCUACUCAUCCCAAUCUUCUUCUUCUGUGAGUUCCAGCUCAAGCACGAAGCAGCCAAGAGGGCGACCAUCCAUCAAGGAGCUUGCCAAUUUUGAUGCGCAGAAAGAUGCUGAAGUACUGCGGAAUGCAAUGAAAGGCCUAGGCUGUGAUUCUAAAGCCAUCACUGGUCUUUUAUGUACAAGAACAAAUGUUCAGAGGCAGAAAAUUGAGUUGGAAUACAAAACGAUGUAUGGAAGGGAUCUUCUGAAGGAUCUUAAGUAUGAACUGGGUGGUAAUUUUGAGACUAUUGUCAUUGCUCUCAUGAUGCCAUCGGCAGACUACGAUGCAACGUCGCUGAGGAAAGCGAUAAAGGGUAUCGGAACAGACGAAAGCGUGUUGAUUGAAAUUUUGUGUACAAGAACCAACGCAGAGAUCGUUGCCAUCAAGCAGUCCUACCAGCGGAUCUUCAGUAGAGAUUUGGAGAAAGAUGUGGCAGGAGAUACCUCUGGCCAUUUCAAGAAGUUUCUCAUCUCUUUGCUACAGGCUUACAGAGACGAAAGCCAAACAGUUGAUUUGGCUAAAGCGGCAGCGGACGCGCAGGUUUUGUAUAAAGCCGGUGAAGCCAGAUGGGGCACAGAUGAAUCAAAAUUUAAUACCAUUCUUGUGUCAAGAAGCUUCCCUCAGUUGAAAGCCACUUUUGAUGAAUACUCUAAGAUAAGUAAAUAUGACUUUGAAGAUUCGAUCAAGAGAGAGAUGUCAGGAGAUUUAAGAGAUGGGAUGCUCACAAUAGUCCAAAUUGUGAGAAAUGCUCCCUCAUUCUUUGCUGUAAAGCUUUACAAGAGCAUGAAGGGUCUUGGAACAGACGACAGCACGCUUAUUCGAAUCAUUGUUACACGGUCAGAAGUCGAUUUACUGGACAUUAGAGACGAGUUUGCCAAAGUAUACCAUAAGUCUCUGGCUAAAUUUAUAUCGGACGACACUCGUGGAAAUUACAAGAAAAUACUUCUCAAUUUGAUUACCGACAAUAAGUAGGGAAAGACCCUACAUACUCGUAGAAGAAGGAGAUGUCUUCCCUUACCUUACCUGCAAUUAUCGAGUAGUGUAUGAUGUAUCAGGUGCCCGUGGUAUUUGGCAAAAAUGGGGAAAAGUCUUGGAUAUCGCAAAAAAUGUGAUUUUUGCAGAGUUUUUCGGCAUUUUUUCAGUGUUUUUGAUCAUCGAAGGGAAUUCGUUAGAUUAAUGUAUUAUGCAUUGCAGCCUUUGAGAUAAAAUUUCUUCUUGGUUUAACAUUCUUAAUAUCCUUUUAACUUUCAUUUAUUGUUUACCCACCAUAAAAAUAGAAACCAGUUUGGUUAUAAAAUGUGUGCUUGUUUUAAUAGUAAAGCUGAAGUAUUCUAA